UCUUUGUAACUGAUUUUCUUUUCUUGUAAUCUUUUUUCUUUCAUCUUUCCGAAUGUAGUUGGAAUUUAGUUACGUAAAGACUAUGUUUUGUCACUUGAUGGGAAACUUAUUAGCCUUAGACCAAACAUAAUUUUUUUUAAGGAGAAAAGUAAAAGGAAAUGGGGGGAUGGGCAUUUAAUGUGCCCACUCUGUCUCCCACAUUUAUAAACCGCAGUUGCUCCAUUGAACACUACUUGUUCAAAAAAUGGCAAGAAGAGCACAUAGUAAAGGAGGAUUACUGUCAAUUGUAGUGCUUCUUAUUCUUGUAAUUGAGUGUUUUUGUGACAUAGAAAAGGAUAAACAAGAGUGUGCACAGCAACUAGUUGGGAUUGUAACUUGUCUCCCCUUUGUUGGUGGUCAGGGUAAGGCUCCAACCCAAGAUUGUUGCACUGGACUCAAACAAGUAGCCAAGGAUAACAAGAAAUGUGUGUGUAUCCUAAUCAAGGACCACGAUGAUCCUAGCCUCGGCCUCAAGAUUAAUGUUACCUUAGCUCUUGAACUCCCUCAGGCUUGUCGUAUACCUAAUGCUAGUCAAAGUCUUACUAAUUGCCCAGCUCUUCUGCACUUGCCACCUACUUCUCCUGAGGCUAAGUUGUUCACUGAUUAUGCUAAAGCUUUGGCUAAUUCCAAUAGUACUACUCCAGCUUCUAGUGGUGGUAGUGGUGGUGGUGGUGGUGGUGGUGGUGGUGAUGGCAGAACGAGUGCUAAGGACACUAGUGAUAGUGCAAAGGGGAAGAGGUGGUUGGUGGUUCAAAUGUUUUGUGGAGCCUUGCUUUGGUGUUUUGUCUCACACCUUGUCCUUUAACAUGAUUUAAAAGGACAUUAUUAUGUUCAAUUGUUCAUUAUGAUGUGCUUAUAGGUUAAAUAGAUGUAUCAUUGUCUUUUUUACUAGAUUUUUUUCGCGUUUUCAGGGUCUUGAAAAUUGAAAAUUAUUAGGUGCACCCGGGUACACCGUGCACCCAAGGGUAUUUUUAUGCCCAUUGGUGGUCCCUACCACAUUUUCUCCUCAUAUUUAAGGAGAAAAUGUGAGAGGGUGCACCGUGCACCCGGUUGUAUGUAAUAUGCUAUUAUGUUAUUGUAAUCUCUGCUUGAUUUAAUUUUAGUUCUGAUUUCUGUAAACCAAAUGGGAUUUGAUCAUCUGAACAAUGGUAGUAAUUUUUUUUAAUAUAAUACAGGGGUCUUGAUUUAGUAAAGUUUGUAAAGGGAUGCUCUUAUAUUUAGUGUAUGCACUCUUUAAUUUACAGUUUCA